AUGAAGCUCGAUGGAAAGCAAUCGCUAACGAUUGAUCCAUCACUUGGACAUUUUAAAUACGAAAGAGACAUUUCUCGGGAUCCUCGCUACAAUCAACCUCAGAAGCCUGGCGAUACUCCUACCAGAUUCAUGGUUCGCAAACUCGGUCAUGCAUACGAAUUGUACCCAAUAUUUGCUCUCACUGGUCUCUGGUUCGUCAUGUUCUGUUAUGUCAUCUACUACUCAUUCAGUAAAAUGGAAGUAUGGCUGGAUAGAAGCAAGUCGACGGCACCAUGGGAUUGGGAGAGAAUCCGUGAGAACUAUUACAAAAAACCAACACUUCUCUUUGACAAAGAGGGUGUGUCCCACCAGAGACUGGAAAUCUUGGAAGUUUUGCAAGACAACAUGAUAGCAGCAGCGAAGGCUCGUGGAACUCGUUAG